UCCUAAAAUACUAAUUUGAAUUGGUUAUGGGUGUAGGUUUUUGAUACUUGAUUAACAAGAUGAACUGCUUUGACAUUUCCAUAGAAACCAAAAUGAACAGAAGAUAUGGAUAUAUUUGAAACCAAUUUCUAAAAAUUCUCGUAGAAGGUGUAGAACACUUCAACACAAGAAGACACAAUUUCAAGAUUACUUGACAUUUCCAACAUGUUACGGUUACCAACCUCUUUUCAAGGAUUUCAAGAUUACCGGCCCAUCAUCAGCGGCGCUAAUGGGAAGCGGAAGGAGGGGUGUGUGCCGUGGUUAUUAAACGAGAAAAGGAGGCAAUGGGGGAAAAAAUAACACUGAUGCCGCCCAAACUUUCUUUCCUCCGUCUUUCAUAAACGAAGGCAACCUUUGGCCUCCUCUAUCCUCAUUCUGGUGGAAUAAACCCUACCAAUGCGGCUGGAAUCGUCGGCGGCUUAUCAGGAUGAAAGGUGAGAGACGCGUCGACUUUGCUGCUGUGGAGUUGGCACAACGGUCGCUAUUGACGACGAAAGGUAAGCGGUUUUCAACUGUUGAUUUAGCCAUCCCCUCCAGAUCUGAGCGCAAAUCGGUGAUGUUUCCUCCUCCUCCCACUGAUUUAGCUAUCCCCCUUCUGAGUUUCCUCGCAAUAAUCGGGCUUCACUGGUUGCAGGAAACGGAGGCUAUGAGUGUUCUAGAGACAUGAACAAAGGAUUUCUCUAUCAUUAGUGUUUUGGUUUCACUGUUAAUCAUCCGUUGUCCUUGCAGAUCUGGGGUAUUGAUUUAGUGGACGUCGCUUGAGCUGGAUUUGGACUUCAUAUGAAGAAUCUCCGAUGUUUUUCGUUGGUGUUCCAGUAUUUAAUCGAAUGAGGGUGGAGCUUCUUCGCCUGUUCUCCCGAUCUGUUUGUUUGGGGUUGGAUGGGAUGGGACGAGCUUUUGCUAUCUUCAAGUCGAAGAAGCAGCUGCAGCAGAGGCCUCAAUUGAAUCCAUCUCUUCUGUAUGCUGUUGUUUGAGAUUUGGUCAAGUAAAAAAAAAAGGAGAGUAGACCCAAUGUAUUCUUUAUUUAUUUUUGUAUUUAUGUUUUUAUGGCCAAUGUAUUCAUGUAUUUUAAGAAUAAAUGUAUUAAAAUGUUAUUAAUAAAAUUUGAAUUGCUAUUUUAUUUGUCUAAUUGAAUGUAAAAUUUAAAAUAUUAAUCAAAAUUAUGAAAGUGGAAAUAAAAAGCAAAAAAAUUUGCUCACAAUGCAAAAAUUUGCUUCGGUAAGGUGUUCUAGAAACAAUUAUAAUUGUCUCCAAAACUAGAAAUAGGAACAAAAUUAUUUCUCUAUAAAAUCAAACAAAAAGAGAAAAAGAUAAGUUCUUUAAAGUGGAAUUACAAUCAAUAAGAUUUGAUUCAGAUUCCUUAAGUAGAAGCAAAUAUUAUUUGCAUCUAUAUUUGCUUCUAAAGAGAAUUAGAGACAGAGGCGUCCGAUGCAAAUAAUUUAUUUGCUUCAAAAGAUAUACAGAAACAAAUAACUGGCUUUUAGACGCAAAUAACCUCUGACUCUAUAGCCAAAUUUUCUUGUAGUGUACCACGAAAACCAAUCGAUAUAAACUACAGUACACCAAUUUUCUUAUGUACAUAUAUAUUAUUAUGCAUGCAUUAAUGAAAAUGCAUCAAUUUAACUAUCACCAAAACCAAACAGAUGCCUUAAUAUUUUGUUAGUUUAUCCCUUGAAAUGAAACACCAGUGGGGCCUGGUUCCCCACCAGUGCUUUGACCUGACCGGCCUUCUCCUCUCACCCAAAGUUGACCAUCUCUACGACCAUGAACCAUCCAUUGAGGUUUUGACCCAUAAAUUCUUCCCAUCCUUACAUUAUGGAAUGAUCGAACACCAUCUAAUGUCAUAAUUGCAGUACCCUUCCACUCCAAAGUGAAAGGAUUCAGUUCAAUUCGGAGUGGCGAUUACCUAAAAAAAAGGCAUAGCUAGCUAGACUAGCUCUUUGCACGGUGGAGUUGUAUAGAAUGACAAGCAAUUGCUAAUUAGAUACCCAUCAUAUCAUAAGUAUAUGGGAAAAAAAAUUAAUUGAACACUUUGUUGCUAUAAUAAUUGAGCACUAUGGAAUUGUAGCGUCGUCGUGUAUACCGUAAUCCGAGUCACCUGUCCAAAUUAAAUAUUGAGUACAAAUUAAAUUUUGUAUCAUAACAUUAAAGGUAUUAAGCAUCCAUACUACCAAACAUAGUAAAAUUCUUUGUAAUAUAAAUAAGAAAUUUCUAAAUUUUAUUAAUAUUUUAUAAAACAAUAUUUUAAUCGCCUCCCAAACUAUGACACCACAAACCAUGGUCCAUGAAAUCUUAUCGGAUAUCGUACCGGAAAACUUAGCAAUAGGGUAUUUUAUGACAACACCAUUAAAUACCGCCUAUCAGUCUCCAAUAUCGAUAUUUUGUGGUUGAACCACCGCUACGAUACGACCGGUUUGAUGAACCAUGCCACAGACCAAUAAAGAAACCUACAAAUUAACAACGCAAGUAAUAAUCCAACCCCCAAUCUAACCCACGGGUUCCCUCUCCCUAUCAUUUAGAAUGGAGAAUGAAUUAUACAAGAUAGG